GGCAACGCGGGCCGGCGAACAAAACUCCACGUUCAUUUCUUAACGAGCUCAAAUGGAGUCGUCCUUCUUCGAUGAUUUGUUGAAGAGAGAUGUGGACCAAAACGCUGUAAAUGCAAUUGUUGGGUCUCUCGAGAGUCAGGUUUCAUCAGUGAGCAGUUCCAGCAACAAGCUGAUUAAUUCCUCAUCUCACUCGACAACCCUUCUAGCAAAUGAUGGAGGGAAGAUUGCAACGGCUGGACCCAUCGAUAGCUCAGCAACAAACCACAUACAGAUCUCUAGUAGGAUUGCUCCUAUCAAUGGAUCAUCGCAAAACUUAUCUGUUGCCAAUUCAGUUAUUGCUUCUAACAGUAUUAUCGGCAAACCUACAAGUACUGUGCGAUCAUCUACCCCAAAUAAGCAAUCGCCUUCACCAACUAUUUCUGCAAACUCUUCACAGGUUAAUAUCGCGCCAAAGAACGUCCUCUCGAAUACUGUUCCUAUUGCACCCCGUAUGCCGACAACUAUAAUGUUGACUCCACAGUUAUCACAAAUGUUAGCGGCACAAGGAUUUGCAGGGACUGCCCUUGUACCGAGCAAUUUAGUUGGAAAUGUGAGAAUGGCGGGCACACCGUUGCCACUAGCUCCCAGGCUGACAGGGCCUAACACUGUCACUGCCGUGUCCGGUAUCAAUUUGAUGACCGGACAGAUUCCUGGUGUUCAAAAUAUUGUAUCAAGGCUACCAGCUCCACAACCAGUAAUUCUAACCCAGAAUGCGAAACAAGAACCGAAUACAUCAACGGGGCGAGGAAAUUCGCCAAAGCCAAACACCAUUGCAAUGCAGGCCCCACUCUCAUCUGCUGUCACUAUUGGCCUACCAUCAUCAACCUUGACACAAGUCAAAGGAACAAGCCCUGUUCCUGGAGUAGUUACUUAUCGUUUUAGACAAGUAAAUCCUGCUGCAGCAGUAUCAAACAUUAAUGCAAGUAAUGUUGCUGUCAUGAAAGAAUCUGUGAAGAAACUCAAAGAGUUCUUCCAAAAUUUGAUUAGUCUUGCAUGUGGACCAAACCAGCCACCUGAUAUUGGAAGGAGUGUUAAAGAACUUGUUCAAAACGUUAUGUAUAAUAAGAUGAAUGAAGAAGAAUUUGUAGAAAAGCUGCAGCUCACUCUUAAAUCAGAUCCACAACCCAAUCUGGUGCCAUUUCUAAAGAGAACCUUGCCUCACCUCAGAGAAACCAUGAAACAGCAAAGCAAAGUGCAAACAACACAGCCCAUCCAGCAGCCACUGAAAAUGCAAGAGGAGUUGCAAAAAGUAGCUCUCAGUACAUCUCAAACACAAGUGCAAAAAAGUCAAGUGCAGUCCACUGUAAAUUUAUUAGCAAACCAAAAGACAACUCCAGCUGCACUGCAAGCAGCCGUUAUGCAAAUCAAUACUAAUUCACAACAGAAUUUAGCCCAAUCUCAGCAAGCCUUGCUGAACCGAACCCUAGCUCUACAUCGACAGCAGAUGAUGCAGAAACAGAUGGUCCAAGGUGACAGAAUUAUACACAACCCAGCAGGUAUCGGCAAAGAUAUCGCAACAGUGAUGAAAGCUGUGACGGGCCAGUCUCAGGUGUUGGUGAAUGCCACUGCAGCUCAGGCAGAGAAAAGCAAGCACAAGGCAGCCUUUCACUAUUCUUCAGCAAUGACAAGUAACGACGAUGAUAUCAAUGACGUCACAUGCAUGGCUGGGGUCAACCUUAUGGAAGAAAGCGCUAAAAUUUUAUCGACUGGAUCUGAGCUGUUGGGCUCUCAAACCAGAAGCUGCAAAGAUGAGGUUUUCUUAUCAACAGAACCUUUAAAGAGGAAAAUCGAAGCCAUAGUUAAAAAGCACAAGAUUCGUGACGCUCAACAAGAUGUCAUUUCCAUGGUAUCACAUGCCACCGAAGAGAGGCUACGGAACAUUAUCGAACGACUAUCUGUCCUUAGUUUACAUCGAGUGGAAGCUCACAAGGAGCAUCCUUCUUUCGAAGUUGUCUCGGACGUCAAAUCACAAUUGCGGGUCUUCGAACAAAUAGACGAGGUGGAGAGGAAACACAGGGAAGCAAGAGAGCGGGAAAUGCUCAUGAGGGUCGCAAAGAGUCGUUCAAGGACGGAAGAUCCGGAGCAAGCAAGGCUGAAAGAAAAAGCGAAACAGCUUCAACAAGAAGAGGAAGAGUUACUUCGAAAGCGCGCGGCCAACAAGACGGCCUUAGAAGCGAUAGGACCCCGUAAAAAGCGGAAGUUAGACGAAGCUUUGGAGUCGCUAAGCACUGCUCAUACAUCAGACCCAAGCAACAACGACGCGUCAUCAUCUUCACAACUUCAGCCGAUGCGGUUACGGACUCGACGAAUCACGAUGCGUGACUUGCAGUUUGUGUUAGAGCAAGACAGAGAGUCGUCAAGGUCAAUGCUUCUCUUUAAAUCGUAUCUAAGGUGAUAGCGAAUGACCUGGCAGUCGCCGCGGUCGCAAGGCAUCAUUUCCACAUUCAUGCAAGCCUCGAUACAGUUUCGAGGUCACAGCGUCAUUGCAUUGCGUUCACAGCACACCGGAUGAACGAUCAUCUUGACGAACUAACAUGGUGCAAGGGUAUAUGAAGUACUGCCUCGUUUUUGAACAUUGGGAAGUAACAGUUUCGAAGCUGGUCUUAGUUCGAUGACAAUGAUGACAUUUAGCAGUUUUAGAGAAUUUAGGUGGAGUUUCUGUAAUAAGGCAGAUGUAAACCAAAUUUGUUUUAUAUGACAUAUCUUAGGCAUAUUUUGCAAAAUUUGUUACUUAAAGUUGGGAAUUUGCUAGCUACACCAUUUCACCUAAGGUACACCAAAAAUCGCAUCCAACCCGUCGCGCUAGAAUGUUGUUUAACGCAAAUUUUUAAUUAAGUAAAUUUCAACCAGUGGACACGUGUAUCGGUUGGUGGACGAUUAUUCGAACGAAAUUAACUUGAGAUGUCAUGUUUUUUUGGAUCUGUCAUUUAGUCAUAAUAUAAAUUGUAUGUGGAUCUUUGUAGAAUCCGAUAAUUAAAUGAAACGUCGAUAAAGUAAGUCUUUCUAAGUCUUUCAGAUAAAGUAUAUCUGGCUAGGCUGCUUAUCACCAAUUGCGAAUGGAUUCACCCCCAACUUUAUGGAUGCUCAAAAUCUUUUAUUUCCUCGCCGCUUUGCUAGUUUCUGGGAUAAUCCGCUAGCAAAAUUUCUCAUUUUUGUGUUGUACAAAUGUAUGGCGUGGUAUGAUUUUGAGUCAAACUUCAAGAUAGCAAGAAUUACUCGCUAGUCCACCCAUGGCUCGAAAGAUCGUUUUCCCACCACUUGUAAACAGUUUUAGAGUUCUAUCGUAUAAUACUCGAUCAAAUUCUGGGAUACAAUUUUUUUGAAAAAAAAUAUACCUUUUAUAGACUGGUACACAAAUCAUCUUGAAACGGCCUCGUUAUCAAUGGGCUUUCUUUAUGUAAGCUGAAGUACGGUAUACCAAAUUAAUCAAGAUGUCGUUAGCCACUUUCUGGUUAAGACGCUUACCACGUGACUUAGGCUGUCGUCGUAUGUAGUUGGUGAGUGUAUUACGGUAAAGUUGUCCAUGCACUACCCUAAGCACGAGCCUUUUUAACCAAGUAUGUCUCAAUUAGAAAACUUCAUCGAUGUUUAGGAGCCAGUAGAAGUAUUUAUAAAUGUGUUGCUGGGAAGGUCAGUCUUUUCUCUGGGCCGAUGAAGAGUGUGAUCUGUACUCCCUCCCCCUCUACCCUAUGUAGUAAACCCUGGCCUCGUCGCGUUGUAAAUUUUGUAUUUUAACCAGCACUUGACAUUUCCAUACAUGUCUUCGUGGUAGUGUAAGAGGUCGGAAAAAGGACAUCACGCUUUCACAGCUUCCUAUAAAGGAAAACAGUUAGAUUUGUUAUCUUGUUUUUAUUCUGUUGAUUAGAAUUAUUGCUGUCGUCGAGUCAUGUCUUUUUUAUGCCAAAUAAUUACCAUUUCA